AUGGAAAAGGAAAGCAAGAAGACUAAGGGAAGGCAGAAGAUUGCGAUGAAGAAGAUAGAGAAUUUAGAUGAUCGGCUAAUCACUUUCUCAAAACGCCGAUCUGGUAUUUACAAAAAAGCCAGUGAGUUGGCCACCCUUUGCGGCGCCCAGGUUGCCGUGGUGGUUUUCUCACCCUCCGGCAAACCCUUUUCAUUUGGCCACCCAUCUGUCGAGUCGGUGGCCAACCGCUUCCUGCAAAAAAUCUCACCGGAAUCCGGUGACACAACCCACCCGCUCGUGGAGGCUCACAGGCGGUUGAGAAUAAGCGAGCUCAACCAGAACUACUGUGAGCUCGUCAGCCAGCUGGAAGCUGAGAGGGAGAGAGGGAAGGUGCUGCAGAAGUUGACAAAGGCAAGGGAAAGCAAAGGGUGGUGGGAGGCUCCUGCUGAGAAGCUUAGCUUUCAAGAGCUGCAAGAGAUGAACAAGUCGUUCGAGGAACUCCACCGGAAUCUGUGCAGCCGUAUGAAGGAGAAGAUUGCUGCUGGCCAUGCCGGGGCAUCUUCGUCCUUUCAUGCUGGAACUACUCAUGAUCAUCAUCUUUCUGCAUUUCCUGCUAGCUUUGGCUAUGGAGGAAAGCACUUCUGA